AUGCUUCGAUGUUUCAAGGAGAAGAGAAACAUAGUUUGCCGAAGCUACGAGACCUUGGCAGUACCUACCGGGAAAACCAGCUUGACUUCUGCGUGCGUGACGUUACCCGUGCACAUCGAACAGUACCUCACAGACAUCGCCGACCAUCCCAACAAUUUCAUAACAAAUCGGAAAAAUCGUGUCGUUUAUUCCAAAUUGUACACCGAAAUGGUAAUUCUUCUACGUAUCCUGGGCAUUUACGUCAUCACUGCUUACGUAACACAGGCCAAAGUGGUUAAACGAAACAGCGAAAAUGAGUUAAGCCCAACCCAACUAAAAAUUCUAUUCCGCGAACUGGAAAUGCAAUCCCAAACCGAAACCGCAUCCAGAAAAUACGAGUUCCCAAAACUGGAAGAGAUAUACAUUUCGCCGGAAACAAACAUUAAUGAUACAUCGCUGCGACUGACCGCGUGGGGAAUCAUCAGCAUCUGUUUUUAUUUUUUCUUCGGGCUGAAUCUGUGUUGUCUGGUGUGCCGCUGGAAAUUUUGCAGGAAACAUAACGUACGCGUAAACGUAAACAACGUGAGUGAAAUCGCAGAAAACCCGGUUGCUACUGCCCAAACUAACGAGGUACCGGUAACACCACCCCCGUGUUACGAGAGUGUGGUGGUGGAUCCUCUUCCAACGUACGAAGAACUUAUGGAGAAAAGGACGAAUGCAACGUGUAGUUGAUUUUUGGUAUUUUGUUACUAUUGGAAACCGUGAAAUUACGCAGUUGUGCUAAUUAACGAUUUGUUUGUCAGUUUUCUAUGACACACUGAUGUUUAAAUUUGACGUUUGAUUGAUCUCACAAUUGAAGAAAGCCUCUUUCGGAAUUCUUCACUUCGUUGUCGGAAAGUAAACAUUUUUUUCUUGCAAAAUCAACAUAUAGGUAACAUGUAAUAAAACAGCUUUAUGUUCUGCGACAAUGUUAAUUUAUUUAUAGUAUACUUGUUCAUUGUUUGGUUUUCUUUCAUAAUAAAAUUUAGUUAUCCAUUCGAACGACUCCCCAUUACUUUACGGUAAGUCCGAUUUGCGUAGAAGAAGGAACUCGGUGUAGAUUAAAUAGAACUUAUGCUGAUUAAACUGGAAAAAAAUAUUUUUUUGUGACAUACUCUACGUAUGUGUGUAUGAUUGGUUGCAUAAGACGCAUUUAACUGAUCUGCAAAACACUAUUUGUAACUUCAAUUUUAAUUUUGACGUCGAAACCGUAUUAUGGGUUAUCGUUAUCACUCCGGAAAUAAAAAUGAAAUACAAGCAUCUUUCUCAAUGAAAAUAAUACACACUAUUAAUAGUCCAAAAAUAUCCAUUGGGUGUUGGAAAAUCCACCUGCUUAUCAACCUGCAAAAUAAUCUUUACCACGACUUAACCCGAUAAGGUUUCACCACAUUCAGAACCAGUGUGUGGUAGAGUUACGAGCCAAAUUUUAACAGUACUGAAUUUUUGAAAAAUCGACUUUUCAAAAAAAAAAAUGUUUUCUCUAACGUGUAUAACCAUUAUUUUUGCAAUUGUCAGUAGCGUCUAUAGUUUUGAACAAAACCAAAAUGCGACAGAAGUUUCCCACCACAUGGUUAAAAGAGGAAUAAGAGACGUCUUUGACAAAAAAAUCAUAAAAGCAUGCAUUUAUUUAGUUUUUAUUAUCAUUUUUGGACCCAUUUAUCUGUACUACAAGUACUGUUCCAAAAAAGAGCCUGAAGAAGAUCAUGAACCUAUCGUUAUAAAUGGUGAAAGACUUGUCGCUGAGGGAAACCAUGUUGGUAUAAUAAUGCCAUGUAGCUCUCACGCACACAAUCGACAAGAAGAGAAUACGUCACCUCCUUGUUAUGAGCAAGCACUUUCCCUUCCUCCCCCACCUUAUGAUAAAAAACAUGAAGAUAAUUUAUUGAUUUAAAUUUAAUUGUAGUUCAAAGUUGUGCAACAGAUUAUCGAAAACUAUACUGUCAUUGUUUUAUUUCACGCAGUCUAAGCGAGCAGCACCUCCUAAUAAGUAGUUCACAAAAAAUUCGUUCACUUGUUAACAGUAGAAUAUGCAACCAACUUUACAUACAUGCAAUAUUUUAUUGAAAAAAAAAAGUUAAUUUGAACCGCACCACAAAAACUGCGUCAAAACUACUUCACGUGAUCUUAAUUCCCACACAAUACAUCUAUUCCCAACUUCGUGAAUAUUCAACCUUUCUCUUUCUAAGGUAAACGGCCACUUCAUUAAACACUGUUAAAAAUAAACUAUCUCAAUCCUCAACAAUUUUCUUUCGGCAGUGUAUUAAUAAAAUGAGACGGCGCUGGAAUUACCGCAUCGCUAUUUUUUAACGCACGUAAUACACUUAAUUGUUUCUGUGUAGUGGUAAUUAAACGAACAUGUUUGUAUUCAUAAGUGUACUUCUAACCAUCGGUUUCAAACAGAUCCAGUCUGAGCUGAUUUGCGUGGAUCCAGAGGACUCUUCGCUCACCUACCAGUGUCUAAAAAAUGAGCAUUAUUGCUGCCACGAAGGUUGUUGCAUUCAGCCGUUUAUUGUCCCCAAAGUCAGCCUGGCCUUGGGACUCAACAUUUGUGCGUUUAUUUUAAUUCUUUGUUUCGUGUGUUGGUGCGUACAGUUUUUUAUUCAGUUGUGUCAACAUUAUGGAUUUAUCAAAAAAAAGAAAGAUGUAAAAAUGCCCCCAGGUGACGCCACUGGUGGGAUUUGCGGGUCUGCAACCCCACCACCUCCUUACAGUGUAGCUAUUAAUUGUCCUUCACCCACGUAUGAAGAAAUCGUUGCGAAAAUCAACCAGAAGUAAUAUAAUUUUUAUCGGAGAAAGUUACGUUUUUGUAACUUUGAAAUAAAAUAGAGUUUAAAAUAA